AUGAACGUAUUAUUAUCCGAUGACCAGCAAUUGUUAAUAGUGAGAAAUUUCAAUCAUUUGCUGAACUGUAUUAAUGGUUUUCACUUAAAUCUAUCCUUAUUGUAUAUAUUGAAAUAUUUAAAAAAUCUCAAUUCAUCAUCAAGCAGUUAUAUCGAUCAUUCAUUUCUCAAUUAUUUCAAGAGUUCUUACUUUACUGAUGGAGGAGUCCUUACAGAAUUAUUCAUACCACUACUGUGUCGUAUUCACAUUCUGAUCAUAGUAUGGAUUACUUACAAGGCAACAACGUUUUACCACGUGUACUACCCUUUAAUCAAACUGUAUAUCGAUGAAAACGAAAGACUUCUCAACGAAGCACAAUUAAAUAUACGAGAUGACAAUGAAUGGAAUGAUGGGGAAUCAACAACCGAGAUAGGUGUACAACCACUGGAAGAGGAGUCUGACCAUAACUAUGCAGCAGAAGAUUUGCCCGUACGUAUCUUUGCAAAAUAA